ACCUUGGUUGCUAAACCAGUAAAUCAAUAGAAAUGUUAUUUUUUUUUAAAAUGAAUUGAACAGUACAAGUAUCAGAAAUGUCUACAACGCAGUUAAUUAUUGAAUUUGUUAUAUUUCCUGGUCCUGACAACAGUAGAAUAAAUGUGCAACAGCAAUGAGUGAAGAACAGUCUGACAACGGAGGGAGCAGAAACAUUGAAAUACAUGUAAAAGAAUCGUGCAUAAAUGAUGAAGAUUUAAAUGAGAUUUAUAGUACGAUAAGGCGAUCAAUAUACGUACCUGCUGAUGAUGAACACGACAAUGGCUUACCAGGUCUCGUAUUAGCAGUAAUCGGUGACUCGGAGAGUUAUGUUCCUAAGCCAUGGAAUACAACAGCUUUAACAUCUGGACUGUUGCAAUCUACCCAAGGAGUUAAAAAGUGUUGGGUUAUUUACCGCGGUAACAACGAUGGUAUAAGCGCACUAAUAUACAAGACAUUUAGAGAAACCACAGACACUCAUGCUGCAAAAACACACAAAGAACAAUCAUCCGGAAAGACAAAAGAAAACAUAUUGAUUGCAAUCAGGCCAUGGACAAAAACGAAUGCGAAAGACGUCAAUAAAGUAAACGGGCCUGAUUUGUAUCUUACUCUGAAACCAGUCUCCAGAGAUGUUCAGGAACAGAGAAAUUACAGAUGGUUCAACCUAUAUCUGUCUCAUUUUUUAAAGAAACUUUCAGCAGAGUAUACCCCAUUAAUGUUAAAGGAGAAACACAAAAGAGAAGAUUUGAUAAACAUGAGAGUUCCAGUUUUGGUGAUUGCGGUUGAAGGUGAUAUAAGUACUAUUCACCAGAUAAAUUCUGCUGUGAAACGAAACAUUCCGGUUUUAUUGAUGAAAGGAUCUGGAAAGGCAGUAGAUUUUAUCAUCGAUUACUUGGAAGAGUCCAGACUCUUUGAAAAGGAAAAAGUAUUGAAGGAAAACGCUCCUCUGCUAUUAGGAAUUUAUAUGCGUUUAGAGGAAUACAAGAUGUUAAAGAAGAGACUAAAAAGCAUACAAGAACACAGUUAUCUAAUAACCAUUUUUGAUUUAAACAAUUCAACAAAUGACCAGAUGGAAGAGUUUAUAGUGAAAGCUAUCAUCAAAGGAUGGUCAAUGAAGGAUAUAAAAAAUUCAUCUGAAAUUCCUAAUGAUCCAACGAAAAUUCCAGCAAAGACAGUUACAAUGAACAACGUACAGACAGACAAAAAAUGUCAUAGCCUUAUGGAAAAACUCCAUAUUACGGCCGGCUCAUUAUCACUUUACUUCUACAUCGCCUACCAGUACAUCCAAGAAAGUGGUGCAAUACAGAAUAAGGAAAAGGAAUUAGAAUUAUUCUUAUUGGAGGCAAUUAUUGCCAAUAGAGUAGACUAUGUAUCCACACUUCUUCAACAUGGAGUACAAUUUGAUCGGAAUUAUAUGAUCAGACUGUUUGAUGAGACUUUAAAAUGUAAUGGAUGUGAUGCAAGCGAUUGUAGGAGGAUUCAUGACAUACAUAUUCGAGUAUCUAUGAAAUGUUGUGAUGGUAUAUGGUGCACUUGCUACGAACAUUGCAAGAAAAUCAGACUGCUCUGCAACGAAGAAACAUGUGAAGUAUACCAUGAUCAAUGUCAAAAGGAUGGACAGCCAAGUUCCAGUAACAACAAUUCUCAACCAUGUAAAUGUAGCCGACAUAACGGCAUUCUCACUAAUAAUACACAUAAUUGUCGCCAAUUGUGUGAUUUGCUACAGAACGUGCGUAACCUCUGUCAAAAACUUCUGCAUUAUCCUAAAGACUCUUAUGGAGACCAAGCACAGACACGAUGUUCAGGUGUAUCAACCUGCUGUAGGAUCAGUACACAGGAAACAGCUGAACGCAACGAAUUCAAACCGUAUCACGUUUUGUUAGCAUGGGCGAUAUUUGCACAGAGGGAAGAUUUAGCCUCCAUUUUGUGGUCAAAAUGUGAAAACCCUUUACUAACAGCAAUUAUGGCCAGCAGCAUACUGAGAACAAUGGCGGACAUGGUUAAUACUGCAAACGAUCUUAAACUUAACAAUGAUCUAUUGAAACACUCAAGAUUGUUUGAAAAACGUGCCCUUUUCCUGAUGAAUUCCCUAUAUGAAGAGGAUGCUACUCGCUGUAUGAGUUUAAUGAAUACUGAAAGCAGAAUUUGGGGAAUUCGCGUAGCUCCAGUAGAAUGUGCAUUUGAUAAUGGGAUGAUUGAUGUGAUUGGACAUCCUUGCGUUCAGAGAUUAUUAAAUAGAGUUUGGUACAAAGAUACAGCAUCGAUGUGGCGGAAUUGGCUAACGAAAUUGUUUUGCUUUGAUAAAUCCAAGCGCAGUGCAGCAUGGACAUCUCCGGCGAUGGUGUUUAUGAUUCACUAUCUUUUAAUGCUCGGUAUACUCGGAGCCUACAGUGCAUUCCUCUUAUCUAACGUCAAAGGUGUAAAAGCCUUCAGUGACAUCGGAUUGUAUGAACUACUACUGUAUUUAUGGAUCACUGCAGAUGCGAUAGAAGAAAUUAUAAGAAACAUUCUGAUAACAGUGCGAGGACGCCAAUCUCGUAAAUGGUUUCGAUUGAAAUGUUACCUGACUAACAUCUGGAGUGUUUUGGCAUUGCUGUUGUAUGCAGUACUUGUAUCUGCUGUACUUGUUCGUACUUUCGAUGGGGGCCAGCGAUGGGAAAUAAGACUUUACAGCCUUGGAUUGUUUAUAAUUUAUAUGAGAUUUUUUCAUAGUUUUAUGGUUCAUAAGUAUUUUGGUCUUAAACUGAUAAUGAUUGGCAAAAUGCUUUCAGAACUGCUUCAAUUUAGUUGGAUCCUGAUUGUUUUUGUUGUGUGUGCUGGUGUAAUGUACCAUUCGAAUAUGUAUCCUAAUCAUCGUGAUAUGUGGCCAAAAUAUGGAGCUGAUGUGGAGCAUUGGCGAAUAUGGAAGAUCUUGGCAUUACCUUAUUGGCAACUUUAUGGUGAAAUAUCUCUAGAUAUGCUGAAUGGAGAAACAAAUAGCAAUGGUACUUGUACAUUUGUUGAAUCAGAAUGGGAAAGAAACUCAGACCUUGACAGAUGUGUUGAAUACGACUGGGCCAUUAUGGUAAUAGCCGCCAUGUAUAUGCUGAUAUCAAACCUCCUGUUGAUUAACUUAAUCAUUGCCUUGUUUAGUUAUCGAUUCGAGGAGGUGCAAAAUAAUUCUGACAGAUUAUGGAAGUAUGGGAGAUAUGCAAUCAUCACAGACUAUAGUACAAGAUAUCCUGUGCCUUUCAAUGUGUUUGGACAUGUGUUCAAUUUUUGUAAUAGAAUACGACAGAACGGUAAAACAGGAAAUAAUACCCCUCAAGAGCAGGAAAAUGUAUUAAGAAAAUGUAUUGAUGCUUGUUCAUUCAAACCUGAAACAUUAGGGACGUUACAAGAAAAGUACGCCACCAUCCGUCUUUAUAGUGAAAUAACAAUGAAUUCGAAAUAUUCAGACUGACGUUUAAUAUAAAUCAAAAAUGUAGAUUAGACAUUUGCUUUUCAAAUGAUAUUUUUGAAUAUUCUUAUAGUAUAUAGCCAUUAUUUGCAAAGAUAUAAUUGAAUAUACUUAUAGUAUGACAGUUCACUAUAUAAUUAGGUUUUACUUUUAUUUUAUACUAUUAUAUUAUCAAAGUUUCUUUGUAAAUUUCUAUUCUAUUUA